AAUUUUGAUUGUCCUUUUCAUCAGCAGCCAUCAUGAAGCUCAAUAAAUUUGUGACCUCCUCCCGGCGCAAAAACCGCAAGAGGCACUUCAAUGCCCCUUCACACAUCCGCAGGAAGAUCAUGUCCUCCCCUCUGUCCAAAGAGCUCCGCCAGAAGUACAACGUGCGAUCCGUGCCCAUCCGUAAGGACGAUGAGGUCCAGGUUGUCCGGGGACACUACAAAGGCCAGCAGAUCGGCAAAGUUGUCCAGGUCUACAGGAAGAAGUAUGUCAUUUACAUCGAGCGUGUUCAGCGUGAGAAGGCCAACGGCACCACAGUCCAUGUUGGCAUCCACCCCAGCAAGGUAUGUUUUAUUUCCAGAUGUUUUUUUGCGUGCAAAACAUGAUAUGAGUGUUACUGAAAAAAUAACUAG